UCUCUCCUUUUCUUUUCAUCUCUGUGCUCGGUACAGCAGUGUAGCAGUCGUGUGGUAUUCUGCAGUAUUCAGAAGUAUUUAACAGUAUUCUACAGUCGUCUGGAUUCUGGUGUUCUCAGGACAGGUGUUACAGCUGCUCUCUGUAAGUGUGUGUGGGAUGUCGUGUCAGGGCUAGAGCCCUUCCCUCUCCCAUGAGCCUGUGUGCCCACACACACACACGGCGCCCCCACACACACACACGGCGCCCCCACAAACACACAGACACACGGCGCUGACGUUGUGAAGUGGACCCUCGGAAACAGACCGGAGCAGAACCGGAUCAAACCAGCCUGUGGGCCGGCGGGGCGGAACCUGAGGAUGUCAACAGAGGCGGAACUACAGCCAGCUGUCAGGCCCAGUGUCAGGAGAGACUCCAGGAGGAAAGGGCAGGAUCGUAGCGAGGCCGGGUUGAUCAGGCGGUUUAAGGGGGAUGGCGUUCGCUACAAGGCUAAACUCAUCGGUCUGGACGAAGUCACGGCCGCAAGGGGAGACAAACUCUGUCAAGACUCCAUGAUGAAGCUCAAGGGCAUAGCAGCAGCAGGGCGGUCUAAAGGAGACCACAAACAGAAGGUGUUUCUAACUGUCUCCUUUGGAGGGAUCAAGAUCUUUGAUGAGAAGUUUGGGGUCCUCCAGCACCACCAUGCGGUCCAUGAGAUCUCUUACAUCGCUAAGGACAUCACAGACCACCGAGCCUUUGGUUAUGUCUGUGGGAAAGAGGGCAACCACCGCUUCGUAGCCAUCAAGACAGCACAGUCUGCAGAACCAGUGAUCCUGGACCUCCGGGACCUGUUCCAGCUCAUCUAUGACAUCAAACAGAGGGAGGAGAUGGAGAAGAAAGCCCAGAAAGACAAACAGUGUGAACAGGCUGUGUACCAGACUAUUCUGGAAGAAGAUUUGGAGGAUCCGGUCUACCAGUACAUUGUGUUUGAGGCGGGACACGAGCCCAUCCGUGACCAAUCAGAAGAGAGCAUUUAUCAGGUUCCGACCAGUCAACAGAAGGAGGGGGUAUAUGACGUCCCCAAGAGACACCCAAAUGCUCAAAAUGGUCACCAACAACAACAACAACAGCCACAACAGCCACAACAACAGUCUCUGAUAGAUCUCAUGGAUAUGGACAGUGUAUGGACUCCACAGAAUAUCAACCAAUUAGAGCUCUUUGGAGACAUCUCCACACUCCCGGACAUCUACUCCCCCUCGACCCCUGCCUCUCCAGCCAACACCCUGGACCCCUCUCUGGGCCUGCAGCCCACAACCGAACUCUUCACCCCCUUCAACCCUGCCUCCGUACCCUCAGGUUAUGUGACGAUGGGAGCGGUACCUCCAGGUCAUGUGUGGUCCCAGCAGGCGUUUGCAGCCCAGGCAGGUCCUCUGUUCGGGGUCCCGUCCCCCCUGGGUCAGUCCCUCCCUGUGGCCCAGGUCCUGCCUGGAGGCCAGCCUCUCAUCUGGGGCCAGGCCAACCUCUUCCCUGCUACACAGCAGCAGUGGGCCGCCAUGACUGGAGCAGGGUUCCCUGCUACAGCCUACCUCCCAACCCAGCCAGGGUCUCUGCCUGCCAUGUUCCUCCCAGUCAAUCAACCCUGCGACGGCCUAUCAUCUGCCGGCGCUGCCUCGAACCCCGCCCCCUCAUCAGCCUCCAGUCCACAGCAUGCAGAGAGGCAGCGGCAGAAGAUGAGCAAGGAGAUGUUUAAGGACUUCCAGCUAGCGAAGCCCCCUGCCAUGCCUGCUAAGAUGGGGGACCAGCACCAAAGUCUAGCAGGGACCUCAGAGGCCUUCAGUUCCUAUUUCAGCCGCGUGGGGACCGUCACCGAUACAGACGACUGUGACGACUUCGACAUCUCUCAGCUCAACCUCACUCCUGUCACCUCUACCACGCCCUCCACUAACUCACCUCCGACCCCGGCCCCCAGACAGAGUUCUCCAUCUAAAUCGUCGCUGUCACACGUUAGUGACCACAUUGACCACAUCAGUGACCCUCCCACAGAUGCCACCGACCCCCCCACAGAUGACUCGUUCGGCGAGGUGGAGGUCCCCAGUCGCAGUGGAGAGGAGGAUGCGGGGAAGGAUCUCUGUCUGCAGGGAAAGGAUCCUCUCUACGCCCAGGUCAACAAAGGGAAGAAAUAAAGAGACACACUGAACACUGGACACUGGACUGACCAACCAACGCUGACCAACCAACCCGAUGUGUGUGUGUGUGUUACUCCUCUCAAGCAGCAGCCUGGCCACCCCUCUAACAAAGGAUAGAACGCUCCAUCUACUCCCUCUACUCUCUUUUCAUUCAUUCAUCUCGCCGUCUCUCUCUCUCUCUCCCUCCAUCAAACGUUGCUAGAGACUAUGCUGCCAAAAGGGGACUGGGCCAAGUGUUGUCUCCCUUCCUAACUCACACAGUGUUACCAGACAUGGACCAAAUGAGUGUCUGUAGCGAGUGGAUCCUGUGGGACGAGGCCGGAAUGGUAUGCUGGGAUCCUUAUUUUUGAUUAGCCAGUUUAUUGGGAUCUUGGCAUCUGAUUGGCUGUUUGGGUGUUUCACCUUCAUGUGAGCGUCUGCUGGAUGACUAUGCAGAAACAGACUCUCUGGGAGCUACUCACACACACACACACACACACCGACACAGUGUUUUGCCAAAUGUCUCUUCUCAGACAGAUUCAGAGGGAAGGCUUCAGAGGGAAUGGACUCAGCGGGGCAUGGAUGUUGCCAGCCUAACGGGCACCGCCUGGCAUGGACGAACAUUGCCUGCCAAAUUACCAGGCACCUCCGCCUUCGGAUGGAUGUUGCCAAACGAACUGAUUCUGUGAUUGAACUGCUCAUUCUCUAUAAUAGCUUUUGUACAAUAUCGAUUAAAACAGACAAGGGGAAAUUGAGUUUUUAUUUUAUAAAUCCAUCAAGACGCUCUACUGUCAGCUCUACUGGAGUUGCACAUUCACAUGGCUUUAAGAGACCUGAUCGUUGGUUUGCCAAACUCAUUUUGUAAAUAAUAAUAAUAACAACAACAACAAUGAUCAUUCUGUCCGCAGGACUUCUGUGCCAUAAAAUAGGCAGGCUUCAGUUAGGCUACCAGAAGGUAUCAAGCAAUACCAACAUCUCCUCUGUCUGUCUGUCUGUCUGUCUGUCCGUCCAGGUUUCGGUUGCUCUCUCAACCCCUGACGUUGUUUGGUCUAUGAUCCUAUAAGUGUCUUUCCCUAACUCAGACCUCGUCUACACUGCAGUCCUUUGUUGAUCAAUAUCCAUGUGCCCUGUAACCUCGUACAGUCAUACCAUCCUCCUGUCUGUGCGUCAUAUAAUCUCUCCGUCUGAGUGACGGGAGCAUUACCCAUCAUCACAACCACACCGGACACUCCCUACAGCAGUAUGUCUGUCAUCAGCCCCUAGCCCUGCUCGGCUGUCUGCCUCCAUGUCUGUCUGUCUGCCGGUCUAUCCGUCCGUCUGUCUCUGCUAGUACUACAUCAACUGUGAUGCCAAUGACUCCCUAUUUUAUGGCCAGAAUCUCUGUGUAAUUAGACUUCUCUGGACUGACAACUGAUUAAUAACGACGUUUGGACAAUAGAAGAAGAAGAUGAGGAAGUGGACUAAAAAGGGAAAAAUGCUGUUUGAUUACGUAACAUUUCUAGACAUAUUUUAACCUUACCUCAGAUAGCGGUUUCUUAAUGUAAAUUGACACAUUAUUUUUUAUCUUUAUGAAUACAUCAGCAUUCUACAGUGGAUUUUUAGAGGACUUUUAUUUUCUGUUGAUUUACAUCUCCACCAUGUAUUACAGUUCCUAUUAAACACAUCCCAAUGA